AAACUAAUAUAAAACCUCAAAAAAGUUCCCUACGGCCCAAACCAAAAAAGAAAAAACGGUUGGCUUAGAAUGAGAGUGAUCGUCAUCCUUGUCCCAUCUUCUUCCUCCAUUGUCACUCCUCCAAAUCCUUCCCGCCAUAACCACCAUUAUCCCCACCUUCUCAAAGCUUCCAAAUCUCAAAUCCCAAACCUUUCUCCCUCUAACUUACCUCCUCCACCUUGGUCGUCUUCUCGCUCUCCUCCCCUCUCCACCGCCCUCCGAUGGGACCCCACCAAAACCCACCCACGAAGCUUGGCCGACUUCGCAAACAACCUCGCUCGAGAUGGGAAGCUUGUAGACUUCGCAAUGGUGGUCGAGACUGUUGCGGACUCAGGCGUUGAGGCCUCGCAGUUUAAGUCUGCGCUGAGAGCAGAUUUUGUGGAGAAGGGCCUUUCGGGAUUUCUUCGAGACGGGAAAGUUCAGAGCUUUGUAAAUGUUUUGAACAAGUUGGAUGAGUUUGGGUUUCCUCCUUUGGAGAUCUUUGCUGGGUCGGCCAUGGACUUGCUUAGGAAGGAGUGUCGAGGGAUUUUGAAAUGCCGUGAAGUGGAUGAACUAGUUGAACUCGUUGAGGUUCUUGCAGGUUUCGGUUUCUCAAUCAAAGAAUUAAUGAAACCUUCCGAUGUUAUCAAGGUAUGCGUUCAAAAGAGAAAGCCCAAGAUGGCUAUAAGGUAUGCUUGUACUUUACCACAUGCACAUAUGGUAUUUUGUGACACAAUAUAUGAAUUCGGAAAGAAAGGUGACUUGGAGUCUGCUUUGACCGCAUUUGAAUUUGCGAAGAAAAACUCGAAUUCUAUCAAUAUGUAUCUCUACCGCACGAUAAUUGAUAUUUGCGGUCGCUGUCAUGCCUACCAGAAAUCUAGGCAGAUUUAUGAGGACUUGCUCAGUCAGAAAGUCACCCCAAAUGUUUAUGUCGUGAACAGCAUUAUGAAUGUCAAUGCUCAUGAUUUGAGCUACACAUUCAAUGUAUACAGGAAUCUGCAAAACCUUGGUGUUGAACCCGAUAUGGCAUCAUAUAACAUCCUUUUGAAGGCAUGCUGUCUUGCUGGAAGAGUUGAUUGGGCUCAGGACAUCUACAAGGAAGUUCAACAUUUAGAAUCAACUGGAUUGUUGAAGUUGGAUGUUUUCACAUACAGCACUAUUGUAAAGGUUCUUGCAGAUGCAAAACUAUGGCAAAUGGCUUUAAAAGUGAAAGAUGACAUGCUAUCAGCUGGUGUAACUCCUAAUACUGUUACAUGGUCAUCGUUGAUCAGUGCCUGUGCAAAUGCCGGCCUUGUGGAGAAGGCAAUCCAAUUAUUUGAAGAGAUGCUUCUGGACGGCUGCGAACCCAAUUCACAGUGCUGCAAUAUCCUUCUACAUGCGUGUGUUGAGGCUUCACAGUAUGACAGAGCAUUUCGCCUUUUUGAAUCUUGGAAGAGAAAUAGAGUCCAGGAGAUGCCUGAAGAUGACAAAGAAAAUAGAGCUAGCAAUGCAAGUUCAGGAAUUACUACCUCCAGGUCUCGAUCAUCUCAUUUAUACGGUUUAAACUUUGCUAAAGAGCUUUCAUUUAUGCCCACAGUUGCAACAUACAAUAUUUUGAUGAAGGCUUGUGGAUCUGAUUACUACCAUGCGAAAGCAUUGAUGGAUGAGAUGAACACAAUGGGUCUCUCUCCUAAUCAAAUAACUUGGUCUAUAUUGAUUGAUAUAUGUGGAAGCUCAGGCAAUAUAGAGGGUGCUUUGAAGAUUUUGAGAACCAUGCGUGAAGCUGGAAUUGAACCCGAUGUAGUUGCAUAUACAACAGUUAUAAAGGUUUGCGUGGAAAAUAAAUAUAUGAAACAAGCAUUUUCGUUGUUCGCUGAAAUGAAAAGAUAUCAGAUACAGCCAAAUCUGGUGACCUAUAAUACACUUCUCAGGGCUCGUAGCAGAUAUGGUUCUUCACUUGAAGUUAAGCAGUGCCUGGUGGUAUAUCAAGAUAUGCGGAGAGCAGGGUAUAGGUCCAAUGAUUUUUAUCUCAAACAACUAAUCGAGGAGUGGUGUGAAGGUGUUAUACAAUGCGACAAUCAGAACCAGGAAGAGUUUAGUUCCUCCAUGACUGACACAGAGAGACCUCAAAGUUUACUGCUUGAAAAAGUUGCUGAACAUUUGCAAAAGAAUAUUGCUGAAAGCCUAACAAUUGAUCUUCAAGGGCUUACAAAAGUUGAAGCUCGUAUUGUUGUUCUUGCAGUUCUCCAAGUGGUCAAAGAGAAAUACUCCAGGGGACACAUAAUAAGCGAUGACAUGCUUAUCACCUUAGGAAUCGGUAAGGUCGAUACGAUUCCAGAUGAACUAGAACUGGGGGUGAAAGAUGCAAUAACUAAACUUCUACAAGACGAAUUGGGGCUUGAGGUUCUUUCAAAAGGUCUUGAAAUCGCAUCUAAUACACAAAUGUAUUUAGAGAGUACCAACCACUCAACCUCAAAUUCGGAGUACUUGGGAAGUAAUGAAUUACCCACUGAGAGAAGACCUGUGGUGAUGCAGAGAUUAAUGGUCACAAGAAAAUCACUGAGACAAUGGCUAUAUAAAAGAAGCUCCCUAAGAAGAUGAUGUAUUUUACGUUUAAUGUAUGAAUAUUUGUACUCACUAUUAAUUACUACAUCAAUUUAUAAUGUAUCAUAUGGUAGUCCAUUUGAACUAUCUAAUGUAAAUGAAAGAAUAAAAAAGCAAUAAAAUUGAUACUCGAUUCAAUGUUAAUCUUACACUGACUCAGUCUUUUAAUAAACAAACAAACAAUAAGCAAUAGAAAAAAACUCUAGGAUUUUGGUAGGUUAUUCCUUAAUUAAAACAAAGACACAUGAAAAGUUCUACAUUGUCAUUGUUUAAGAUUGUCAUUGUUAAGACAACAUGAAAGUACCCAACAUGGAGGUGGCUCAAAUGGUCAGGCACAUACAUAGAUUGCUCCCACAGAGUCUAAGAUUGAGUUCUGGUACUUACAUAGCAAUUGAUAUAAUUUUGUGGGAUCCACCAAUUCAACACCACCACACAAGUGAAAGCUUCAUUCAUAGCCAAUCUUGCUGCUGUAACUUCAAUGGCAGGUAAACCUCAGACAAGUACUGGAAACCAAACGUGCUGAGAGCCUGAAUUUCAGCCUUCUGCUUAGUCUUCACCAUCAAAGUCAGCUCCUCAACCCAGCCGGGAUUCUUCUUCACAAAAUCCUCCUCCAACAAAUCCUUCCCAGUCUUAAUAUCCUGCUCAGUCAUCGGCAGCCUACAUUGCUCCGGUAUCUUAUACUUGUCCAAAUCGCUAGGCCUAAUCCCCAACCACUUAAUAUCCGGUGUGGUCAAAUUCGCACUGUCAUAAGACAUGUUCUUGGAGCCACACCCAUAAACUGACAAUAUCUUCAAACCAUAUGGAUCACUAUCCACAAGAGCAAGCACAGGUAGCUUCAACUCCAUCUUCAUCUUCCUCAAGAAGAGCCUUGUCGCCACAUCAGGUUGCCCUUUCGCAGUCACAAUGAUACAUGGAAACCGAUUAUAAAACCUAUCCUCAGCCAAUCUAAUGUAAGCAGCAUCCUUCUCAACCAAGAGAAUGAACAAUGCAUCACUCUGCAUAUCCCCAACUCUGUCUAUAUUCGGCGGAAUCGCUUUCCCGCCCAUACCCAUUUUAGUACAGUCGAUCAUAUCUCCAUUGUCACUGAAAAUGAGCCGACCCACCACCACACCUUUCUCCGCAGCGAUCACGUUGAGACUAGACCGAGUACAGCCCAACAUACAACUCACAUCGUCGAGAACCGAGUCGGACUGAGUCUGGUCCGUAAACAGCUUUACAUCGGUGUAGAACAAAUCUCUCUUUGUGACAUGGAUGCUCUUGAGGCAGAGCUGGUGAAUGAGCUGAAGAAUCCGAGCAGUAAUGGUGGCUUUCCGUACGGUGGAGAUGCUGGCGUAGGGACGAAGCGAGGUUUUGUCUCUCAACACGAUUCGAUCGAGCUCCGGAACAUAGAGCUGGUUCGCGGCGGACCGAGAGGGGACGUCGAAGGCGAAGCCGUUGCCGGAGAGGAUGGAGUGGGCGAUCUUUAGGGUUAGGGAUUCGAUGGUGGACUGGACGGAGGAUAGAGAGAGGUCGGCGACUUCGCGGCAGGACUCGGAGAGAGCUAGGUCGGCGAGGGUUAGGGCUUUGGAUGAGGAGGAUGAGGCUUCUGUGGCUGCGCGGACUGAAUCGGUGAGUUUCUGAAGGAUUUGGAGGAUGACUGGGUCGGGUUUGAUUUGGUUCUUGAAGGGUUGGUGGCUUUCAUCGUCAGAACUCGGGUCAGGCCGUCGGCGCUUCUUCUUGUCCGCCAUUUCAGUAUCAGUAGAGAGAGAGUGUGUGAGUAGGCGGGAAGAAAAUGAAGC